GGGGGGGAGGGAAGCGAUCGCGAGAAAAAAAAAUGCAACCUCCCAAAAUAAAGAGCAAAGAUUGCAUUAGGAGCGAACAGCGCUGCAGAAAUAGAUGGCAGCUUCGUGUCAGUGAGUUUGCAUCCCCCUUCCUGAUCCACGAGCUGGAGUGAUUAGAGCCCUGGAAGGGAAUUGUUACUCCCGUGGAGAAGUCCCCUUUUCCGGGCAGCCGUCUGCACUUGUACACGCUGGAUGCCUCUCUCCAUCCACCCCACUCACUCUUUCCUCUCUCACCUCCUUUCUCCCUCUCUCCUGCAUUGAUUUUUUUUUCCUUUUUAGUUGACUGAAACAAAACAAAACAAAAGGGCCACUGGAUGUCUGCCUUCUUGGGGGGUGAGCCAGACAGACUGACAAACAAACAGACCCAACUGUGUUCGGGGGAGGGUUUCUCCUCCCGUUUUGCCCGGCAGCAGCAGCAUGGACGUGUUGGCUAGUUAUAGUAUAUUCCAGGAGCUACAACUUGUCCACGACACCGGCUACUUCUCAGCUUUGCCAUCCCUGGAGGAGACCUGGCAGCAGACAUGCCUUGAAUUGGAACGCUACCUACAGACCGAGCCUCGGAGGAUCUCAGAGACCUUUGGUGAAGACUUGGACUGUUUCCUCCGCGCUUCUCCUCCCCCGUGCAUUGAGGAAAGCUUCCGGCGCUUAGACCCCCUGCUGCUCCCUGUGGAAGCCACCAUCUGUGAGAAGAGCUCAGCAGUGGACAUUUUGCUCUCUCGGGACAAGUUGCUAUCUGAGACCUGCCUCAGCCUCCAGCCGACCAGCUCUUCUCUAGACAGCUACACAGCCGUCAACCAGGCCCAGCUCAACGCAGUGACCUCAUUAACGCCCCCAUCGUCCCCAGAGCUCAGUCGCCAUCUGGUCAAAACUUCACAGACUCUCUCAGCCGUGGAUGGCACGGUGACGUUGAAACUGGUGGCCAAGAAGGCUGCCCUCGGCUCAGUAAAGGUGGGCGGGGUGGCACCAGCAGCAGCUGUGGCGGCCGGGACGGUUAAGAGUGGACAGAGCGACAGUGAGCAAGGAGGGCCAGGGGCUGAGGCAUGCCCCGAAAACAAGAAGAGGGUUCACCGCUGUCAGUUUAACGGGUGCCGCAAAGUUUAUACAAAAAGCUCCCACUUAAAGGCCCACCAGAGGACUCACACAGGUGAGAAGCCUUACAAGUGCUCAUGGGAAGGGUGUGAGUGGCGUUUUGCACGAAGCGAUGAGCUCACGAGGCACUACAGGAAACACACAGGUGCAAAGCCCUUUAAAUGCAACCACUGCGACAGGUGUUUUUCCAGGUCUGACCAUCUUGCCCUCCAUAUGAAGAGACAUAUCUAAAAAAACCCUAAAGGCCAGAGUUGCCAUAGCAUCGGCCCUUGUCUGAAGGAAAUGCCGUGAGGCAGGGGGCUGGACUUCAGGCGGGACCCACUGCUUCGCAGAAGAAAGUUCUCACUUAUAAACCUCUGUGUACACGCCCACACAGAUAUAGCCACGCACUCACACACACACCCUCCCACACACACCAUCAUGCACUCAGCUAUAUUGAAAAUAUAUACGUCUGUUCUUUAAGCCCUGCCCUAGCUGGAUGGCAGAAGGCGAAGAUGACCAGGUGAGCUCAGCAAGGCAGACUGGCUGCUUACUUCAGCACUAUUGGAAUUAUUUCCCGCUGUUGCCAAUGGAAAUCAAAGAAAAUGGAUGUGACGUCUCUGCGGGAGGACAGCAGUAAGAGGGGCUUAUUUAACUUGCUUCUCAGUGCGACUUGAUAGGAGAACACAACAACGGCUUAAAGUUGCAAUUGUGUAGCACUAAUGUUUCCUUUUAAAUAGUUGGGGGAAAAUGACUUAGAAAACCAAAUUGCAGUUUGGUAGCCAAAAUUAACUCUUGGUUUAUUUGUCCUUUGUGUGUGAAAAGUCCUACUAUUCUGUGCGUCCAACUUCCUCACAGAACUGUUGAUCGGUUUUGGUUCUUAGUACUGUUGAGAUCUUUCCAGUCGAUACCAACAGCCUUAGCGGCGGCAGACUCCGGAGUAACACCUUUCACCUUCCUGGCCUGCAUUUCUCUAGACUUCACUCGCAAGGGAGGAGUUUUCUUUUCUUACCUUUUGACUCUUGCACACCAUAUGCACUAGGGAUUCUGGAAACUUCUAGCAUGACUGCAAAGUGGCCAAGAGAAUAAAGUCCUUGAUGAUAAAUCACAGUAUAUCCCUUGAGCCUCACCUUAUUGCCAGUGCUAGAUUUUUUCUUUUUAAUCUCUGUUUUUGCUAACGAAAACUUGAAAAGCUUAUUUGGAAGCUUAAAUGUUUUAUCUUUCCUCCAUGGACUAAACCUCUCCAGGACUCUCUCGGCACUUGGAUGUCCAGCUCUCGAAGCAGCCAAUCAGAUGGGACAUCACAGUUCUCUCAUCCCCAUGAGGCAUCAUGACCUCAGCUCAUAGUGACCAACCCUGUGCUGUGUGUCAUUGCUACCCUCUAACCAGUCUCAGCAUAGAUGCUGCUAGUCUCAAAGGGCAGCUGCACAUUUAACCUAACUCUGGGUUCUGACCUGACAAAAAGCCAAAAAAUAUCACUCUUUCCAAGAGUGGGGAAAACUGAGGAUGCCUCCCAAGUCUAGUGGCUUCAGAAAAUAUCGUCCUAUCCUCUCUCAUCCCCACUGAGCUCAUAUUACCCCACUUGCUAAAACACACAAUUCAGAAUGCCAUUGUGGGCAUGAAGGGUGGAGAUUUAAAGGAAGGGUUGAGAUGUUUCUCUCAUGGUCUGCUCAGCAGGAGAGACAUAUUUCUAAUCUUUGUUUGGCUAGACCCCCAUGACUUGUGACCUAGCGCGCCCAGGAUGAACAGAGGCCUCACGUUUACGCGGCAAGCUGACUCCCAGGGGGUUUACAUUCCUUACUUCUCAUCCCCCACACACAUCCAAUAUCGGUCGCUCUCUACCCGCAUUCUUAGCUAGCUGGCACUGGCCUCAACUCCAAAGACUGCCUUUAGGACCAUUAAAUGGCCUAUGCAAGCAAGUGGGGUGGUUAUUAGGACAGAUUGUAUAUUUUGUAUAUUCUGGGACCAUCCCUUCAAGACACGUCUAAAAAACAAAAGUGGCAUUUGGUCCGCACAUGGUUGCUGCUCCUUCAUACCAUCUGGCUCCCCUUCUGCCCUCCUUUGACUGUUUGACUCAUUGACUGUUAAAAUGCCACCCCAUACCUAUUUGGGAUGCAAAACUGAAGUCUUUAAAAGGAAAUAAUAUAUAGGAAACAAAAAUCCAUUUAUGACAGCAACCUUCAAGAUCCUUGGCAUUUGGUUUCUCAGCUUUCUGCAAACUUUGAAUUCACUGAAACGUUGAAACUACUCGUCUAAGGGUAAAGGAGCCUCCUUAUCAUAAAUGCUAUAGCUGCCAAUUGGACACUUCGGGCAUUCUGAGGUCUGGCCCUUAAAGUUUUCUUUCUCUUCUUCCUUUUUUUCAGUUUAGACCAAA